AUGGGUGGAGUAGUUGUACUUAUUGCUGGCGAUUUUAGGCAAACAUUACCAGUUAUUCCAAAGGGUACCAUCGCUGAUGAGCUAAAAGCUUGCUUGAAAUCUUCGUAUCUUUGGAGACAUGUUGUACCAUUAAAACUCAGUACUAACAUGAGAGUGCACUUACAAGGUGACGUAUCUGCCGGCCGUUUCGCUGAACAACUUCUCGCAAUUGGAAAUGGCAAAAUACCUGCUGACCCAGUCAGUGGACUUAUUAAUAUUUCAGACAACUUUUGCAAUAUCGUUGAAUCAGUCGAAGAACUCAAGAAUAAAGUGUUUCCAAACAUUCAAACUCAGUACAAAGAUCACAAAUGGUUAUGUGAACGUGCUAUUCUGGCUCCGAAAAACGUCAAUGUAAAUGCUAUCAAUCUACAAAUACAGCAACAACUUCUUGGUGAAGCUAUAUCUUACAAAUCAAUUGAUACAGUUAAAGAUAUCGACAUGGUAGUUCAGUAUCCAACUGAGUUUCUCAAUUCACUCGAACCUUCUGGAAUGCCACCACAUAACUUGCGUCUGAAAAUUGGAUCAUCUAUUAUGCUCCUAAGAAAUCUGGAUGCACCAAGAUUAUGUAAUGGUACAAAGCUAUGUGUCAAAACUCUAAUGCCUCAUGUAAUCGAAGCAACGAUCAUGACAGGUUGUGCAAAAGGUGAAGAUGUAUUCAUACCAAAAAUAUCUUUGCUCCCUUCUGAUUUUCCAUUCGAAUUUACACGACUUCAGUUUCCAGUACGGCUUGCCUUCGCAAUGUCUAUUAAUAAGGCUCAAGAGCAAUCACUUAAAGUUGCUGGUGUCAAUUUAGAAACUCCUUGCUUUUCUCAUGGUCAACUUUAUGUGGCAUGCUCGAGAGUAGGAACUGGAGAGAAUUUAUAUGUUUUUGCUCCAGAUGGAAAAACGAAGAACAUCGUGUACAAAACAGCUUUACAAUGA